AGGAGGCUCCGCGGUGCCUAAGUGCGGACGGGCCUGGGGAGGGCCGGAACCAGACUGCGGCAAUCCUUUCGCGGGUCAUGUCAGCCGCCCAGGGCUGGGACAGGAACCGCCGGAGGGGAGGCGGAGGCGGAGCCGCGGGUGGUGGCGGCGGCGGCGGGAGCGGGGCCGGCGGGGGUCGGGGCAGCGGCCAGCUCAACCGCUUCGUGCAACUCUCCGGGCGGCCGCACCUGCCAGGUAAGAAGAAAAUACGAUGGGACCCAGUUAGGAGACGCUUCAUUCAGUCCUGUCCCAUCAUAAGGAUCCCUAACAGGUUUUUGAGAGGCCAUAGACCCCCACCAGCACGGAGUGGGCACCGCUGCGUGGCCGAUAACACCAAUCUCUAUGUGUUUGGAGGCUAUAACCCAGACUAUGAUGAGUCGGGAGGGCCGGAUAACGAAGACUAUCCUCUCUUCAGGGAGCUCUGGAGGUACCAUUUUGCUACAGGAGUGUGGCACCAGAUGGGCACAGAUGGCUACAUGCCCCGGGAAUUGGCAUCUAUGUCACUGGUGCUGCAUGGAAACAACUUGUUAGUGUUUGGAGGCACUGGAAUCCCCUUCGGUGAGAGUAAUGGCAAUGAUGUGCACGUCUGUAAUGUGAAAUAUAAGCGAUGGGCCCUGCUGAGCUGCCGGGGGAAGAAGCCCAAUCGAAUAUACGGACAGGCCAUGGCGAUCAUCAACGGUUCCCUUUAUGUUUUUGGAGGGACAACUGGCUAUAUUUACAGCACAGACCUGCACAAAUUAGACCUCAAUACUAGGGAGUGGACACAGCUGAAACCCAACAACCUGUCCUGCGAUCUUCCAGAAGAAAGGUACAGACAUGAAAUUGCACAUGAUGGGCAGAGGAUUUACAUCUUAGGAGGUGGUACUUCGUGGACAGCUUAUUCCUUAAACAAGAUCCAUGCAUACAACCUUGAAACGAAUGCGUGGGAAGAAAUUGCUACAAAGCCCCAUGAAAAAAUAGGUUUCCCUGCAGCCCGAAGAUGUCAUAGUUGUGUUCAAAUAAAAAAUGAUGUAUUUAUUUGCGGCGGCUAUAAUGGAGAGGUGAUCCUAGGAGACAUCUGGAAGCUGAAUCUGCAGACUUUCCAAUGGGUGAAGCUCCCAGCUACCAUGCCAGAGCCAGUUUAUUUUCAUUGCGCAGCAGUUACUCCAGCCGGGUGUAUGUAUAUUCACGGAGGAGUGGUCAACAUUCAUGAGAACAAAAGGACUGGGUCGCUGUUUAAGAUCUGGCUGGUGGUACCCAGCCUGCUGGAACUGGCCUGGGAGAAGCUGCUUGCGGCCUUCCCCAACCUGGCAAACCUCUCCCGAACACAGCUCUUGCACCUGGGACUUACACAGGGACUCAUCGAGCGCUUGAAAUGAAGAUACCUGGACUGUUCACUGAUACUGGAAAUGUUAAUUUAAAGAGACUCUCUUAUUUAUGGGCAGUGGAGAAUGUGCUACAAAGAGAAUUGGUUACCCUGAUCAAGGCCUUAUUCAGAAAAUACAUCAGAUGCCUUUCUGUAAAUUGGUUUUAAGUUUAUGGAAAUUUCAUUUCCCUUUGUGCUUCCUUUGCUUCUCUCCUCU